AUGUCAGAGGUCGGCAACAUAUCGAAUGUUAUGACUUAUGACCUGUCGCUCGCUACAGCUGUUUCAGAUGAGAACACACUAACUGCGGCAGAGCUGAAUCUCCAAUUGGCUGGAGACAAUGCUCUUUCACCGUUCUACUCCUUUGAAUCAAGCGAUGAGACCGGGGUCAACUUCGUCCGGGGGUCAAGAGCGGCCGACUCCCCCCUGUCGCCAGACAUCGACGUCCAAUGUUCCGCUGAUUUCAUUGACGUGACAGUGGAAUUUGCUGAUGCUUUCGAUGGUAUUAUAUACAGCAAGGGAUAUUUGAACGAUCCAAAAUGCAAAUAUGUGUCUCUAGGAGGCAGCCAAUCCCGAUACUCUUUCCGAGUACCGCUGAAUGGCUGUGGUUCCAGACCUUUAUGUAAUGCAUGUGGAACUAUUGACAAUGUCCUCGUCUUCCAGUCUGAUGAUUUUGUCCAGGGUCCUAGUGACUUUGCGAGAAAGGUGUCAUGCGCAAGCACAGCAAUAGAAGUAACUGCGGGAGGUGUAAGGAAGGAAUCAGAACAUGUACUCAAACUUAAACCCUUCAUGGUCGAUAUGCUUGAUGUUGUAGCAGUACAAGGUCCCGCCGGUGGAGUUGAAUGCUGGAUGGAUAUUCAGAAGGGAGUUUUCCCAAAUACGACUCCGUUGGAAAAUUCUAUUAAGAUUGGGGAAUAUUUAACCAUUCUUAUCUAUUUGAAAGAUGUGAGAAAUCAAUUCAGCCUCAAGGUUCACGACUGUUGGGCGUAUGACAACGAAGAGUAUGACAACGUCAAGACAAACAAAAUUCAGUUGACCGAUAAGGAGGGAUGUCCUCAAAAACGGAAGUUAAUAGAUCUUUUCCAAAAAUCGACUAAUACCGGAAAGAGUGGUGCUACAUUAAUAACGUACAGUAAAGUCAGUGCGUUCCGCUUCCCGGAGACAGACCAAGUUUAUUUGACAUGUAAUGUCGAGUUAUGCACGAGUAACUGCGAAUCAAACUGUGGCGGAACAAUAACAGAAAUAACAACCACGUAUAGACCAGAAGUAAGGUGUUAUCCAGGAUCAAAUGAUCCACAAUGCAAAAUAACAGCACCACCUCAAAUUCAAUGUGGACCCGAAUCCAACGAUCCACGGUGCCCAAAUCCAUCAACAAUAGUGACACCGGAUUGUUACCCUGGUAGCACUGAUCCACUUUGCCCAAGACCAACUACAACGGAGAGCCCAAGGUGUUAUCCGGGAAGCACUGACCCACGUUGCCCAAGACCAACUACUACGGAAAGACCAAAUUGUUUCCCAGGAAAUACUGACCCACGUUGUCCAAGACCAACUACUACGGAGAGACCAAAUUGUUUCCCAGGAAACAAUGACCCACGUUGCCCAAGGCCAACUACGACGGAAAGACCAAAUUGCUUCCCAGGGAACAAUGACCCACGUUGUCCAAGACCAACUACUACGGAGAGACCAAAUUGUUUCCCAGGGAACAAUGACCCACGUUGUCCAAGACCAACUACGACGGAGAGACCAAAUUGUUUCCCAGGUAACACAGACCCGCGUUGCCCAAGACCAACUACUACGGAGAGACCAAAUUGUUUCCCAGGAAAUACUGACCCACGUUGUCCAAGACCAACUACUACGGAGAGACCAAAUUGUUUCCCAGGAAACAAUGACCCACGUUGUCCAAGACCAACUACUACGGAGAGACCACAUUGUUUCCCAGGAAACAAUGACCCACGUUGUCCAAGACCAACUACUACGGAGAGACCACAUUGUUUCCCAGGAAACAAUGACCCACGUUGCCCAAGACCAACUACUACGGCGAGACCAAAUUGUUUCCCAGGAAACACUGACGAACGUUGUCCAAGACCAACUACUACGCAGAGACCAAAUUGUUUUCCAGGUAACACAGACCCACGUUGCCCAAGACCAACUACAACGGAAAGACCAAAUUGUUUCCCAGGAAACACUGACGAACGUUGCCCAAGACCAACUACGACGGAGAGACCACACUGUUUCCCAGGAAACAAUGACCCACGUUGCCCAAGGCCUACUACGACGGAGAGACCAAAUUGUUUCCCAGGUAACACAGACCCACGUUGUCCAAGACCAACUACUACGGAGAGACCACAUUGUUUCCCAGGGAACAAUGACCCACGUUGCCCUAGACCAACUACUACGGAGAGACCAAGAUGUUUCCCAGGGAGCACUGACCCACGAUGCCCAAAACCAACUACUACGGAGAGACCAGAUUGUUUUCCAGGAAACACUGACCCACGUUGCCCAAGACCAACUACUCCUGAAGUUCUUAGAUGCUUCCCAGGCAGCACAGACACUCGUUGCCCAAUACCAACCACCCAGAAGCCUAUUUGCUAUCCAGGUUCACCUGAUCCCAAAUGUCCACAGCCGCCUAAACCAACAACAUUAAACCCUCCCACGUAUUUACCACCAACUACUCCCGAAGCGCCUAGAUGCUUACCUGGUAGCACUGACCCACGUUGCCCACAGCCUACACCACCUGCACCUCCAAGGUGUUUCCCAGGAAGCACUGACCCACGUUGCCCACAACCUACAACACCUGCACCACCAAGGUGUUUCCCAGGAAGCACUGACCCACGUUGCCCACAACCUACCACCCCCACUCCGCCUAGAUGUCUUCCAGGAAGCACUGAUCCACGUUGCCCACAACCUACCACUCCCGCUCCGCCAAAAUGUUUCCCAGGAAGUACUGACCCACGUUGCCCACAGCCUACAACACCUGCACCGCCAAGGUGUUUCCCAGGAAGCAGUGACCCACGUUGCCCACAACCUACCUCUCCCGCUCCACCUAGAUGCUUCCCAGGCAGCACUGAUCCACGUUGCCCACAACCUACCACUCCCGCUCCACCAAGAUGUUUCCCAGGAAGCACUGACCCACGUUGCCCACAGCCUACAACACCUGCACCGCCAAGGUGUUUCCCAGGAAGCAGUGACCCACGUUGUCCUAAACCUACCACUCCUGCUCCGCCUAGAUGCUUCCCCGGAAGCACUGACCCACGUUGUCCUAAACCUACCACUCCCGCUCCACCUAGAUGUUUCCCAGGAAGCACUGAUCCACGUUGCCCACAACCUACCACUCCCGCUCCGCCUAGAUGUUAUCCUGGUAGCAACGACCUACGUUGUCCAAAGCCAACUACCCCCGAGAGCCCGAAAUGUUAUCCCGGUAACACAGACUCUCGUUGUCCAAUACAAACCACCCAGAAGCCUUUUUGUUAUCCCGGUUCACCUGAUCCUAAUUGUCCACAGGUAUCUAGACCAACAACAUUAAAUCCUCCCACGUAUUUACCACCAACUACUCCCGAAGCUCCUAGAUGUAUUCCAGAAAGCACUGACCCACGUUGUCCAAGACCAACUACUCCAGAGAGCCCAAGAUGCUACCCCGGAAGCACUGAUUCACGUUGCCCACAACCUACCACUCCCGCUCCACCUAGAUGUUUCCCAGGAAACAGUAACCCGCGUUGUCCUAAACCUACCACUCCUGCUCCACCUAGAUGCUUCCCCGGAAAUACUGACCCACGUUGUCCUAAACCUACCACUUCCGCUCCGCCUAGAUGCUUACCUGGUAGCACUGACUCACGUUGCCCACAGCCAACAACACCUGCACCGCCAAGGUGUUUCCCAGGAAGCAGUGACCCACGUUGCCCACAACCUACCACUCCCGCUCCGCCUAGAUGUUUCCCAGGAAGCACUGAUCCACGUUGCCCACAACCUACCACUCCCGCUCCGCCAAGAUGUUUCCCAGGAAGCACUGACCCAAGAUGCCCACAGCCUACAACACCUGCACCGCCAAGGUGUUUCCCAGGAAGCAGUGACCCACGUUGUCCUAAACCUACCACUUCUGCUCCGCCUAGAUGCUUCCCCGGAAGCACUGACCCACGUUGCCCUAAACCUACCACUCCCGCUCCACUUAGAUGUUUCCCAGGAAGCAAUGAUCCACGUUGCCCACAACCUACUACUCCCACUCCGCCUAGAUGUUUCCUAGGAAGCAAUGAUCCACGUUGCCCACAACCUACUACUCCCACUCCGCCUAGAUGUUUCCCCGGAAGCACUGAUCCACGUUGCCCACAACCUACCACUCCCGCUCCACCUAGAUGCUUCCCAGGCAGCACAGACUCUCGUUGCCCACAACCUACUACUCCCACUCCGCCUAGAUGUUUCCCCGGAAGCACUGAUCCACGUUGCCCACAACCUACCACUCCCGCUCCACCUAGAUGUUUCCCAGGAAGCACUGAUCCACGUUGCCCACAAUCUACCACUCCCGCUCCACCUAGAUGCUUCCCAGGCAGCACAGACUCUCGUUGCCCAAUACCAAUCACCCAGAAGCCUAUUUGCUAUCCAGGUUCAUCUGAUCCCAAAUGUCCACAGCCGCCCAAACCAACAACAAUAAACUCUCCCACGUAUUUACCACCAACUACUCCCAAAGCGCCUAGAUGCUUACCUGGUAGCACUGACCCACGUUGUCCACAACCUACGACGUCAGCACCACCUAAAUGUUUCCCAGGGAGCACUGACCCAAGAUGCCCAAGACCAACUACAACGGAAAGCCCAAAAUGUUAUCCGGGAAGCACUGACCUACGUUGCCCAAGACCUACGACACCAGCUCUACCAAAAUGUUAUCCGGGAAGUACUGACCCAAGAUGCCCAAGGCCAACUACUCCGGAAGUUCCUAGAUGCUUCCCCGGCAGCUCAGACUCUCGUUGUCCACAACCAACCACCCAGAAGCCUAUUUGCUAUCCAGGCUCACCUGAUCCUAAUUGUCCACAGCCAUCUAAACCAACAACAUUAAAUCCUCCCACGUAUUUACCGCCAAUUACAACUAAGGAGCCCAAAUGUUUCCCAGGAAACAAUGACCCACGUUGUCCAAGACCAACUACGACGGAGAGACCAAAUUGUUUCCCAGGAAACAAUGACCCACGUUGCCCAAGGCCAACUACUACGGAGAGACCAAAUUGUUUCCCAGGAAACAAUGACCCACGUUGUCCAAGACCAACUACUACGGAGAGACCAAAUUGUUUCCCAGGUAACACAGACCCACGUUGCCCAAGACCAACUACUACGGAAAGACCAAAUUGCUUCCCAGGUAACACAGACGAACGUUGCCCAAGACCAACUACGACAGAGAGACCACACUGUUUCCCAGGAAACAAUGACCCUCGUUGCCCAAGGCCAACUACGACGGAGAGACCAAAUUGUUUCCCAGGUAACACAGACCCACGUUGCCCAAGACCAACUACUACGGAGAAACCAAAUUGUUUCCCAGGAAACACAGACCCACGUUGCCCAAGACCAACUACGACGGAGAGACCAAAUUGUUUCCCAGGAAACAAUGACCCACGUUGCCCAAGGCCAACUACGACGGAAAGACCAAAUUGCUUCCCAGGGAACAAUGACCCACGUUGCCCUAGACCAACUACUACGGAGAGACCAAAUUGUUUCCCAGGAAACAAUGACCCUCGUUGCCCAAGACCAACUACGACGGAGAGACCAAAUUGUUUCCCAGGUAACACAGACCCGCGUUGCCCAAGACCAACUACUACGGAGAGACCAAAUUGUUUCCCAGGUAACACAGACCCACGUUGCCCAAGACCAACUACGACGGAGAGACCACAUUGUUUCCCAGGAAACAAUGACCCUCGUUGCCCAAGGCCAACUACGACGGAGAGACCAAAUUGUUUCCCAGGUAACACAGACCCACGUUGCCCAAGACCAACUACUACGGAGAAACCCAAUUGUUUCCCCGGAAACACUGACGAACGUUGCCCAAGACCAACUACGACGGAGAGACCACACUGUUUCCCAGGAAACAAUGACCCACGUUGCCCAAGGCCAACUACGACGGAAAGACCAAAUUGUUUCCCAGGGAACAAUGACCCACGUUGUCCAAGACCAACUACGACGGAGAGACCAAAUUGUUUCCCAGGUAACACAGACCCGCGUUGCCCAAGACCAACUACUACGGAGAGACCAAAUUGUUUCCCAGGUAACACAGACCCACGUUGCCCAAGACCAACUACGUCGGAGAGACCACAUUGUUUCCCAGGAAACAAUGACCCUCGUUGCCCAAGGCCAACUACGACGGAGAGACCAAAUUGUUUCCCAGGUAACACAGACCCACGUUGCCCAAGACCAACUACUACGGAGAAACCAAAUUGUUUCCCAGGAAACACUGACGAACGUUGCCCAAGACCAACUACGACGGAGAGACCACACUGUUUCCCAGGAAACAAUGACCCACGUUGCCCAAGGCCAACUACGACGGAGAGACCAAAUUGUUUCCCAGGUAACACAGACCCACGUUGUCCAAGACCAACUACUACGGAGAGACCAAAUUGUUUCCCAGGUAACACAGACCCACGUUGCCCAAGGCCAACUACUCCGGAAGUUCCUAGAUGCUUCCCCGGCAGCUCAGACUCUCGUUGUCCACAACCAACCACCCAGAAGCCUAUUUGCUAUCCAGGCUCACCUGAUCCUAAUUGUCCACAGCCAUCUAAACCAACAACAUUAAAUCCUCCCACGUAUUUACCGCCAAUUACUACUAAGGAGCCCAGUUGUUUCCCAGGAAACAACGACCCACGUUGUCCAAGACCAACUACGACGGAGAGACCAAAUUGUUUCCCAGGGAACAAUGACCCACGUUGUCCAAGACCAACUACGACGGAGAGACCAAAUUGUUUCCCAGGAAACAAUGACCCACGUUGUCCAAGACCAACUACUACGGAGAGACCAAAUUGUUUCCCAGGUAACACAGACCCACGUUGCCCAAGACCAACUACUACGGAGAGACCAAAUUGUUUCCCAGGUAACACAGACCCACGUUGCCCAAGACCAACUACGACAGAGAGACCACACUGUUUCCCAGGAAACAAUGACCCUCGUUGUCCACGGCCAACUACGACGGAGAGACCAAAUUGUUUCCCAGGAAACACUGACGAACGUUGCCCAAGACCAACUACGACGGAGAGACCACACUGUUUCCCAGGAAACAAUGACCCACGUUGCCCAAGGCCAACUACGACGGAAAGACCAAAUUGCUUCCCAGGGAACAAUGACCCACGUUGUCCAAGACCAACUACUACGGAGAGACCAAAUUGUUUCCCAGGGAACAAUGACCCACGUUGUCCAAGACCAACUACGACGGAGAGACCAAAUUGUUUCCCAGGUAACACAGACCCGCGUUGCCCAAGACCAACUACUACGGAGAGACCAAAUUGUUUCCCAGGUAACACAGACCCACGUUGCCCAAGACCAACUACGACGGAGAGACCAAAAUGUUUCCCUGGCAGCAAUGACCCACGUUGUCCACCUACACCACCAGUUAUAUCUACCCCAAGCUCGUGUUAUCCCGGCUCCAAAGACCCUAAAUGUCCACAACCUUUUGCACCCAGUAGCACUAACCCACCUUUAGAAUACUUACCACCUGUUGAUAAUGAAAUAAAAUCUGGCAUCAAAGGAAAACCCCCGAAGAAUAACUUUGAUUACUACGAUGAUCCACUGCUCGAUGCCGGAUCGUUCGAAUUUUCCCGUACUCAACCUAAGACGAGAGUAGUGAGAGAUUUGAGCAAAUCGUCCAAUAGUAUCUUAGAAAUAUACAGUAACGGUUACCUGUACGGAGCUUUUAUUGGCACAUCAUUAUUUGUAGUCUUGGUCUUGGCUCUGUCGAUAUUCCUCUACAAACGACAUGUUAAAAAUACAAACACACAGAACCUUAGUUAA